AUUAAGAAGUCGUAUCAGGUGAGGUGUGCUUUGUGUUUCAUUUUUAGUUUGCCUGGAUGAAUGCAGACGUCCCCUUUAUUUCCUAAAGUUUUCUCUUUUUAAAGCCGGCAGCCCCUUGCUGAGUUGGUCGCAAUCAUUGUUUCUCUGCAGCAUUAACCACAUUCCACAGAGGCGCAGUACACCCAGUCUCCAUCCUCGCAUUCCUGUCACACAAAAAAGUCCCUUGAAUGAAUUGGCAUUUGUUUGCAUUUUGGGAUCCUUUAUUAUUUCGAAACGUGCACAUGCCGGUUACAUGCAUUACACAUACAUUUGUACCUAACGUGCCUUUGAAGCAAACCGUGGACAAAUGAAAUUGGUGCAAAAACUAACAAGGAGAAAUUCCUCCGCGCAGCGCGCCGUUGACUGUAAAGACCUUUCAACUUAACAAAAACCGAAGUUGACAAACGUAUCCUGCCGGCUGAAACGGUAAGAAAGAGUUUGUUUUUUCCACUGGACGUUGCCGAGCAAAGGAAGACGAUGUGUACAACGAUGACACAUACUGGAAACAGGCGACUUUCCUUAAAUGAGCAGCGGGUGUACCUCCGCGUUUUGUUUUGAUUUCCAUGUGAAACGUAAUUAGCGCUUCGCGGUGCUAGCUUGUUGGACAUCGGAGCACACACAACUUGUUUGAAGCUUCGGAGGUGCAACAUGGAGCACUAUCAGGAGGAUUUAGGACUAAGGACCACUAAUCUGAUGGAGGACCUUUCCUUGUAUGAUGCAUACAAUGAUGGGAUGUACAAUACGAGAAGAGAGUUGGACUUCCCUGCUCCUAAUGUUGAGCAUACAAGUGCACCAAUGAACGGAACGUCUGUGCUUCUCCAGCAACAUCACACAGUGGAGAAUUUUACAUGUGGAAGUAAAGUGUACAAUGCUGCUCCGGUGCGGCCAGUGAACUGUAACCGGGCUGUGUCUGCGGAUUUUUGUGCGCCUCAAGGAGACACAGUGUACGGGGAAGAGGGUUGUUGCGCCCAGUCUGAAGUAGCCCUGCCGUGUUACACAGGCGAGAGACAUCGGAGGUAUUCUCUGGAAGUGUUGGGCCACAGGUACAGCACCGGCUCCUCUUUUGACGGUGUCUCACUCAACAAACCAGCGGCAGUGUCCAGCAACAGGUGCAACAGCGUAUGUAUUACGAGCAAUCACGACUGCAAGUACAAUGCAACCAGCCCACGAUCCAGUCUGGCGUCUUCUCUGUCCUCUCAAGAGCAAAGCAAGCACGCCAGUCCCAGGUCAAGCAUUAGCAGUCCUCGGACGAGUCUUGUGGUCCCGGGCCAGGACAGGUACACGAGUCCUAGAUCUAGUUUAGUUCACUGUGAGGGAAACGGCAUAAUUAGUCCUAGGUCUAGCUAUGCAAGCAGCGCUAGCGACACAAGUAAACAAUCUAGCCCACGGGCCAGUGUAAACAGCUGUGACUGUUGCAGUAAGCCCAGUAGUAAUCGCACCAGUGGGAUAAGUAUGGGUUACGACCAGAGGCAUACUAGCCCCCGGUCCAGCACAGCCAGCCAAUACUCCUUCACUACCAGCCCCAGAUCAAGCUACUCUGACUCCCGCUAUGGGCCCAUGCUCAACCACGACUUGGAGGGGGGCAUUUUACACGCGCCACCGCUGGCCAGCCCCCGAUCCAGCAUCUGCAGUCAGGAUGGGACUUCGCGACCAGGACCCACUGUUAACUGUGUAGCUAGUCCCCGUUCCAGUAUCUCCAGUCACAGCUCCAGGAGUUCCCGCAGCUCUAGGGGGUCAAUGAGCACUUACCCGGACUUGCAAAUGCCCUCGCCCCGUUCAUCUAUGCUGGGCACCAGUUUACAGGAGGACACGCUUCUGCAGGAUUAUGGGGACUCAAGUGGCCUUCAGGCUCGUGUGCACCUGCAAGGACUUUUGCCAGUUCCAGAUCCGCAGCAGCUGUCCUGUGGCACUGGGGAGACGAUUGGCGGGACAUCCUCAGUAGUUGGUUACAGCACGAAGUCCACGGUCCAGAGGGUGAAACUUCCCUACCAGGUGACACCCAGUAGGGAAAACGGACCCAGCCAGGCUGAGAAGCGGCUAGAGGCGCUCACACUGGAACUGGAGAAGGAGUUGGAAAUGCACAUAAAAAAGGAAUAUUUUGGAAUCUGCGUAAAGUGUGGUAAGGGUGUAUAUGGAGCGAGUCAAGCAUGCCAGGCCAUGGGCAAUUUGUACCACACAAAUUGCUUCACCUGCUGCUCUUGCGGACGACGUCUACGAGGCAAAGCUUUCUACAAUGUCAAUGGCAAGGUCUAUUGCGAGGAAGAUUUUCUGUACUCUGGCUUCCAACAGACAGCUGAGAAGUGCUUUGUAUGUGGUCACCUCAUCAUGGAAAUGAUCCUACAAGCUUUAGGGAAGUCCUACCACCCUGGCUGUUUUCGUUGUGUUGUGUGUAAAGAGGGUCUAGAUGGUGUGCCAUUCACUGUAGAUGUCGAAAAUAACAUCUACUGUGUCAAAGACUACCACACGGUUUUUGCGCCCAAGUGUGCCUCCUGCAACCAGCCUAUUCUUCCAGCCAAGGGCUCAGAGGAGACCAUUCGAGUGGUCUCAAUGGACAGAGACUACCAUGUGGAGUGCUAUCACUGUGAGGACUGUGGUCUGCCACUAAAUGAUGAGGAGGGCCACCGCUGUUAUCCUCUGGAGGGCCACCUCCUGUGUCACAGCUGUCACAUCCAGAAGUUGCAGUCCCAGGUCUCGGGCUCUCCUCCUCCCAGCAGCUACCCUCUCCAUGUCACAGAACUGUGAGGAACAACUUCACCCUGCUCCACACACAGGAUUUCCAGUUAAAGUCAGUGUAGUUUCUGACUGGAUGGCCCCACCACAGCAGUCUCAUGAUGGGACUGGGGGAAACGAUCCUGAUUCCUCCGUGGGGAGUGUGAUCCCUCUAAAGGAUGUGGGCUUACCCAAAGGCCCAUGGUGACGUCAAGGCUUCUGACCCUCUGUCUUCGAAGUGGAUGUGUUUGGGUCAGAGGAGAAAUAACAGACCAUCCUUUUUUUUUUAUCACAUAUCACAGUCCCAACAGUGUUGUGGCAACUGAUACCAUCAGUUAAAAGCUGUAUGGACCAGACAGGCCCUGGAUGACCAAGAUGUGCCUUCAGAGCUGCCUGUCUUUAACAGCAACAUGAACUGCUAGCAUAAUGCUCUUACACCCAAUAACAGUAGCACAAGUUGCACUACCACAAAGCUCACAACUGACUGACAUUCCACUUAAAGGUCUUAAACAAGACUUGAACGAGUCACAUGCUGUGUCUUAAUAAUGUUAUUAUUAAAAAAGAAAAGCCUAGAAGCACAUAGUAUGUCAUAUUAUAUAGAAAUAUAUAAACUAUAUAUUUGCAGAUGUUUCCACAUACAGAUCUUGACUUUGACUUGGCUCAUUUGUUUCUUCUUGAAAAGACGUAAAUGAUGUGUAUCCUGUGGUAAUGGGGUCCAGGCACCAUUUAAAAACUCAGAUGCACCUUCAGUCGGUUUGGUCUGCACCCAGGCCUGCUGGGGUCUACUGGGGUACCGUCAGGACACAUACCCUUUUAGCCUGAUAUUCUGUAUGAUAGAGGCCUGUUGGAAUAGCGGCAACAUUUUUAGCUUAAGUAAAUUGUAAAAACAAACUGAGAACACUACAACAAUGCAUUAUUUUCUGUUAUUGGCUCUCCAGCAUUGGAUAGAGCUGCUCCAUGCAUAUUUACAUACUGAUUUUCCAUUGAGCAAGCACUGGUAAAAAUGAGUAGCCCCACACAUGUCUUAAAAGGUCCAUUUUGUCUGGCUCCAAUCUGCCAUUGGUUUUAUUUGCUGCUGUGGGGCAGAAGGUAGUGGCUGGUUCCACCCAUGUUUCAAAACAGUCCUACUUAUUAUUUGGUGGUGGUUGUGUGAAUGUAUGCAUAUAUGUAAGAGGACGUAUGCUGCAGGAUAUAAUGAGUGUAUGUGUGAAUAGCAAACAACGAAGUUAAAUCUGUCAACUGGACAAAUCUUGUAAGAGUGAAGAUGUGAAUGUGUAUGUGUGAAUAUGCAAGACAAAAACUACACAAGAGGAAAAGAAACUUGAAACUUUGGGCUGUGGUGGUCCGAGAAAAAAACAAUAUUUUUUAAGGAUGUGACUGGUAGUACAAGAUUCUUCUUUAACAAAUGUUUGAAGGAAACCUCAUAAUAGAAGACCCACUGACUUCCUUUCAGGCCCAAAGCAGAAUGGAUAGGCUUUGCCACUUCAUAGUGACAUUUCACCGUAGAAGCAGAUUUGCAUGUGGUUUUAUUGUAGAAAUUGGUUGUGAUAUUUUGGACUCCUGUAUGACAGUCAGACUUUUUUUCUUAUAGUCACAACUAAGUACAGAGCAGUAAGCAAAGAUGGGCAGUAGGUGAAAGCAGACAUUUUCUGAAUACUGAAGCCUCAAAUGCAGGACAAUACAGGAUUACUUAAACAUGCUUGAAUCAAUCAAUACACAACUCGUUAUGAGCAAGUUCAUGAUGAGGAAACACUGUUUAAUAAGGUUAAAAUUACAUUCUAAAUAAUAUGCCUCCUUUAACGUUUUUAUGCUGACCUUCUGGACAUUCCUUUUGAUCCCAAUAUGUGUAAUAUUGUAAAAAUGUCUGAAUGUGUAUGCUUGUGAGUGUGGCAGGACCAUGGUACAAGCACUCGCUGUAUUCAGUGGGCAGCUCUGCUUCCAGUGAAUUGACUCCAACAUGUCUGCUUUGUCUACUAUAAUGCAGCAUUUUGUUACAUUCCAGUCAUUGGACUCAUAUUUUAAAAUGUAUCUGGUGCUAUAUAAAUGUUAAAUGAUAAUCAUUCACAAAUCGCUCUUUUGUGAUAAGUCUCAAUAAUACUACUGAAUGUGUAAAAUAAUUAGACUGAAACAGGCUAUAUGAAAGUACUGUCAUUUAUGUUGCAAAAACUUUUCGAAUGUAAUAGUGUUUAUCUCUUGUGACAUGUAUUUGUAAAGUAACACGGAAAGGGUAAAACAUUGCCUUCAUCUAGGGUUGGCAAUAUUGACAAAAAUGAGUAUAUCCUUCCCAAAAAUGUAAUAUUCAAUAUUCAGAGAAGUUUGUGGCAUUCUACCAGAAUUGUACUAUAACAUCUCAAUAAUGUUUUUGUUGGGGUUCAAAUAUGGCACAAAACAUGAAUGAACUGUAAAAAGUGCAGACAUAUCACAUGAUCCCUUAAGUUAAAAGAUUAUACUGCAGGUUUCUGUUAUUUUUAUUUAUUAUGUGUUUUGAUCUCCAAAACAACCAUUUACAUGGAACUAGGGGUCUAAUGAUAUGUGCUGCCUGAAAGACGACACUGGCCUUUUCUGAACAGGAAACAGGGAGCAGAGUGUAUCCUCUAUACAGUUAAAUUAUGUCACGUUUUAUGCAUUUUAUCUAGAGCACAUUGCUAAUUGUCCCAUAAAUGAAAAGGUUGCUUUUAUUUUCUGUUGGAAAUCAUUUGGAAAGAAGAGCACUGCUUCCUCUAUCAUCCACGAUGGUCAUAUAUUUUGUAUAGCUGUAUUUUGACUAUAACUAGGUGGUUCAUAAAAAGGAACCUAGAUCUAUUUAUCUAAACAUAAAAAGUUAUUUAAUGUAUUAAAAUUGGGAUGUAUCGUUUAACUAUAGAUGUCAUAAUCUGCUUUUUCAAUAAAGUGGUUUUGUAGCUAACUAC